AUAAAUAUAAAAGAGACAUGGCUUAAUGAGAUAUUAAAGAACACUUACUGCUUAUUGGCAAUGGGACAGGACAUCGGUCAGUAACUUGGGUGGCUCCAGUUGACUCAUACUACACUACACUUAGCUGAAUAUUAGCAAUGGUAUAGCUUUCAAAUGCUGCAUAGAUGAGUUGAAACAACUGUUGGUUUGCUCUGCUUCGAUCAGAAGGCAAAUAAAGGAAGGAGGAUGAGAGAUGGAGAAGUAGAAAGCUUAGCUAACGAUGUGGAUAAGCUAUGGGAUUUAUGGAAUCUUCGGGUUUGUCUUAUCAUAAGCCUGUCCCUGCAAUUUUUUUUAUUGUUUGCGGGUUCAAUGAGGAAAAGAUGCAAGUCCAACUUCCUACACCUGUGGAUAUGGUCGGCCUACUUGCUAGCAGACUGGAUUGCUGCUUAUGCACUUGGUCAAACCGUCCAAAGGCCAGGUACUGACCUACUUGAUCCCAAGAAAUGUGGAGACCUUUCAAUAUUUUGGGCACAGUUUCUUCUGUUGCAUCUUGCAGGCUCUGAUAGCAUUACAUCCUUUUCACCUGGGGAUAAUGGUGUCUGGCUGAGGCCACUUUUUGGGCUCCUAUGUCAAGUUGUGGCUACUAUCUAUAGCUUCUCUUUGCUCGUACUUGCCAAAAGGAAUAAGCUAUGGAUCCCCACAAUCCUAGUGUUCGUGGUUGGACUUACCAAGUCAUAUGAGAGGGUAAAAGCUCUAGUUGAUGCAGGCUUUGAUCGUUUUGGAGAAACUCUCUUGCCAGAACCAAAUCCCGGACCUGACUACGAAGACGCCGUGUUCAUGUACCGCGUGACGAGGGGUGUCCAGAUUGAAAUGGAGCCAGAGAAAAAGAUAGCGCCAAUUACUUAUAAGCAUGAUCAUCAGCAGCAAAAACAAGUUCAAGGCUAUACAGAUUUUGAUCUACUUAGUGUUGCGCGUUCUUUCUUUGAAUACUUCAAAGUAAUCUUUACUGGCUCCUUUUUGAGCUUCCAAAAUCGAGAAACAAGUCGAAAGUAUUUUCUCCAAUGCAGUUAUCGUGAAGCAUUUAGAGUGAUCGAGUAUGAACUCAGCCUCUUGCACGAUCUUAUGCACACCAAAAUGUCUGUGUUGCAGAACAGACUUGGAUAUAUUCGUCGAGUUGUUUGUUUAUCUUCUGUCUUGGUGGCAUCUAUACUCUUUUUCAUAGCUGAGAAACAAGGAUAUACUAAGUUUGAUGUCAACCUUACUCAUGCCUUGUUAUUUGGAACUAUUUGCCUUGACAUCGUGUCACUCAUUAAGGUCAUCUUUUCUCAAUGGAGUGACACCAUUACAAGUCCAUGGAUAAGACCUCUAAUUCCUUUAUUUAUUUUGGAAAGAAAACGAUGGUCUAAGGCAGUCUUCCAGUACAACAUGUUCAAUUAUUGCCUAUCACAACGUCGGCUAUUCCACUUUGUUGGCCACGUAUUUAACUCAACGAGAUUCAUGGAAAAAAUGAGAGCAAUGUGGUAUUCUUCCUUAGAGAAGGUCACAAAUGACUUGGAGGAGUUCAUUUUCAUGAAGCUGCAUGUGAAAUCUUCGAAUGCAAACGAUUUAAAGGCCGCAAAGGAAGAAUGUUCACAAAGAGGGAUUUCAGCUCUUUUGCAUGAUAGUUGUAGCUAUACCAAGCUUGAGUGGAGUAUCAGAGAAUUCCAAUAUUUGGAGAGCCUUCUUCUAUGGCACUUAGCUACUGAGCUUUGCUGUCAUAAUACUAGUCUUUAUCAGAAGGGCAACUAUGCCAAGUUUUGCAAAAUUCUCUCAAAUUACAUGUUUUAUCUUCUGGUCGUGCAGCCUACAAUGCUGUCCCAAGAAAUGGGAAAUUUUGCCAUUGUACUCCAAGACACUCAGGCAGAGGCAAUAAGAUUUUUUACAAAGCACUCGAUUUCAAGUCAUAAGAAAGCUUGUGAAAAGUUGAACUCAAUACAAACACCUUACAGACCAGCUGCUGUGAAGGGAUCCCAGAGCAAAUCUCUGUUGUUUGAUGCCUGCAUUCUCGCCAAAGAGCUUCAAAGUCUGGAUCAGAAGCUGCAGUGGGAGGUGAUGAGUCGAGUGUGGUUGGAGUUAAUGUCUUUCGCAGCCAUUAACUGUAGUCCUACCAUACAUGCGCAGCAACCAAGUAGAGGUGGAGAACUUUUGACUUUCACUUGGUUACUAAUGAAUCAUUUGGGUUUAGGAACCCAGUUUUCCGAGCAGUUAUCACAUGGUUAAUAUUACUUUUCGUGCAUGUCUCAUAAUCAUUUGGUGUAUGUUCUGACCGAUUGGCCGUGAUGUUACCGAAAAUUAUUAGGCAUGAAUUGACUGAGUGAGAUUUACAAGAAAAUGCUAUAAUAAGCUACAAUAAUUGAAUAUGACAGAUAAUGUAACAUUUCUAGAGUUCCGUACACUGUUUGUGAAUUCACAAAAUAUCUCAUAAUAGUUUAGAGAGCUGUUAUGUUAGAUAAGACUCACCUUGUUCUUCUAGGCAUACUUUGGAGGCCAUAUAGAACAAAGCUCUGUGAGGAAUGAGGUGGACUUCCUCCAGUACAUUUUAGGGUUUGGACGAAUGACAAAUUUAACCCUUUUUCCUAACGACUGCUAUUUGCAAA